UCCCCAUAAAUAUCAUUUUUCUUCCGUCGCAUAAACAUUUCGAAUUUUGAAUUGAAUAAUGAUCGAAUUUAAAUUUCGUCCAAUUUCAUUUACGAAAUAAUAUGAAAUGAUAGAGAUAAUGAAAAGGAAUUGGACUUCCCUUGUUUUUUUCUUCCAAUUUUUUCGAGCGCAAAAAAAAGAAAAAUCGAUCACAGUCUAUCUCUCAUUGGGUAAAAGCGUAAGUGCCUUAUCGAGUAUGAUUACGUUUGUCCACUUCGAAAAUACUAGAGUACUAAAGGAAAAGAUAAAUAGGAAUUGAUUUCUCGAGGUUAAAAUUUUCCAGAGAGAUCCGUUAUUUUUCUUUCUUCCCUAUACAAUAGAAUAAGAUCGUGGAAAGUUCGGUAAUAUUUCCUAUUUAGUCAGUUACGCCCUUUUGGCUUGACGAUCGGAAAAGUACGAGAGAGGCGAGGCGAGGCUUGUAACGUCAGGAAACGUAGAUAGCUACUCAAAAUUUUAUUACGUCGAACCGAGAAAAUGUUUGAAAGCUAAGAGAAAUCUUCAUUCCAUUGGCAAUGGUAAGGCACACGAAUGAUGGAACGAGUGCUUUCAAAGAAAAGUGGAUAAGUAAAAGCUCCUUCGGAUUCCUCCUAUAUCGUCGUUCUGCUUAUUGGCUGUCGGUGUUGGAACAGCUAUGGCAUGGACGGCACCGAUAUUGCCUGUUCUAUAUGAACCUGACAAUUGGUUGGUAAUAACGAAGGACGAAGGUUCGUGGGUUGGUUCGUUGUUAGCAUUGGGAGCUAUGUUGGGUGCUUUACCAUCCGGCAAAAUGGCCGACAAAUUGGGCAGGAAGAAGUCCCUCAUGUUGUUAGCCGGACCCUUUCUAUUAUCUUGGCUGAUAAUCAUCGUGGCCUCCAGUGCCUGGAUGCUCUACGUAGCCAGGCUGAUCGUUGGUACUAGCGUCGGUGCAACUUGCGUUUUGGUACCCACUUAUAUCUCCGAAGUCGCAGAGACAUCGACCAGAGGCACUCUCGGUGCUUUUUUCCAAUUAUUCCUUACAGCUGGAAUAUUAUUAGUCAAUGCGUUAGGCUCUUUUGUCAAUUAUACGACUUUGGCGAUCAUUUGUGCGCUCGUCGAAGUUGCCUUCCUGGCGACAUUCUUUUGGAUGCCUGAGUCACCACAAUGGCUCGUCAAUAUGGAAAGAAGACCGGAAGCCGAAGUGGCGAUGAAAGUACUCCGAGGCGAUUCUUACAAUCCCAACGAAGAGAUAACGAUUAUAGAAAGUGCAAAGGAAGAAGCAUCGUCCAAAAAAUCUUCUUUCCUUGAUAUCUUUCGCACGGUCGGAUCUAGAAGAGCUUUUAUAUGUUCUUGCGGUGGUAUGCUCUUCCAACAACUUUCCGGAGUAAACGCCGUUAUUUUCAACACAUUAGAAAUUUUUGAAGCGGCUGGAAGUUCUUUACCUUCUGACGUAGCUGCGAUAAUUGUCUCAUUGGUUCAGGUGAUAAUGUCCGGUGCAGCGGCAGCGAUCGUUGACCGAGCUGGUAGAAAACCAUUGCUCAUGUUCUCUUCCGGAAUGUUAGCUAUUUGUCUCUUAGCAUUAGGUAUUUAUUUUAAAAAAAAGGACGAUGGCGAUGACGUUAGCUCGUUAGGUUGGUUACCACUGGCUUCUCUGACUCUUUUCAUGAUUGCCUUUUCCGUUGGGUUGGGCCCAGUGCCUUGGAUGCUGACGAGCGAAUUGUUCACUGCCGAGCUGAAAGGGAUCGUUUCGAGUGUCGCUGUAAUGUUAAAUUGGUUUUUGGUCUUUUGUGUGACAAAACUUUUCCCUUCGAUGACAGAAAAACUAGGGAUGGGUGGUACCUUUUGGUUCUUUGCUGUAAUCAUGGUGAUCGCAACCGUCCUCACUUACUUUAUAUUGCCAGAAACAAAAGGGAAAUCAAUCAGAGAAAUUCAAGACGAGUUGAAUGGUGUUUGAUUGGCAAGGUCGCUUCGUACUCGAGAUAAAACCCUGCUGUUAUUUAAUUACGUACAAAAAUGAAAUAGGACUUUGCAAAUUUGUAAGAAAAGACACGAGAUCAUUUCAUUUCUUUACGCCUAUUACAUGGCUAUUAUUACGAUCAAAUUAUAAUCUCGUAAUCGUUGUAUUCAAUUACGGCAGUGUACGUCAAUUGUCGAUAAUUGUCCGAACCAUUGUUAGCUAUAAACAAAUACGAUGAUAUGUUCACCUCAGUGUUCUUCUGAUCGAUAACUCUCGUCAUUUUGACGAUGACAAUGUUAGAAUGAGAGAGAGAGAGAGAGAGAGAGAGAGAAAAUUUGUAUGUUUGUUUCUCAUAUGACGCAAAAGAAAAAUAAAUUUUUACAUUCGUUUACGUGUACCCGCACACGUUUUCAUGGCUCGAACGUAGUAACGAGCUGUCAUUUGCAAACUGUUUCGAUUUUAAUGGUCCUUCAGGAAAUUUUCAAGAGGACGAGUAAGAUAUAUUAUUUCGAUUAUUGAGAGGUCUAGUCGAUAUUUGUGAUAAAAUUCGGACGAACAAAAAAUUAUCGCAAUUGUUUAGUUAAUCGAUGCGAUAUAUCAAAUAUCUAGAAUCAAUUAUUCGUAGAAAGAUUGUAGAGUUUCAUGUUGCUCCGAGGACACGUUACUUGUGAAUGACCCGUAUAUAUCGUUGUUGAUCAUUUAACGUAGUCGUUCGUUUCUAAAUAAUAUUCUUGGAAGCAGAUGACCUUGUUUAAAAUAAAAUACGUAAGAUGGAGUUAUAUAUAUAUAUAUAUAUCGUUCAGUAUUUUAAAUAUGUUAUGCUUGAAGGUAAAUCAGAUAUCGUUAAGUACUCCAAAGUUACGUUUCUCAAAAAAGGAAAAGAGAAAAGAAGAGAGGAAGAAAAAAAAGAUAUUUGUAAUACUUUGUUACGAGCCCAUUAUCAUUAAUAAUAUUUCAAAGAGAAUUACAUUUUGACAAACUAAAUAUUAAAUCUCGCUAUUAACAGUGUAAUUUUUCUUAUUAAAAUGUUUAUGGAAAUGUUUGAUGUACUUUGUCCUUGACUAUACAUAUACAUAUACGUUCUUAAGAUAUUUACAAAUACCAAUAAUUUAUGAGUAAUACGGUUUACAUCGAUAAGGAAGAUAGAGAUUAAAGUUUUCUUCUGAAAAUCCCAGAUAAUUCUACAAAAGAAAGUAGAUAAUCCUUUUCGAUGAUUGGUAUUACAUCUUACCGACUGUCCGCUGUAAUAAAUCAUUUGACGCGGAACCUACAUAACGAUGCAAUAAUUCAUCCUAACUUUAUUACACGUUACUUGUCAUAAAUGUUAAUAAAAAUAUUUAAAUGGCAAACAUUUUCUUCGGUAUGUAACGUAAAUAUACGAGACAAUGAAAUUAAGAAAUGUAGUAUUUCUUGGUUGUGGAAAAAAACGAUAUUUAUUUAUCACGAAUAACAUUUACAAUGACAAGGAGUGAUCGAUGGAAUUUUUACGUGUAAAUAUCUUUUGUGUAAUGUUUGUAUUUUAUCUUCAAUAGAAGAAGAAUAGAAAAGUGAUAUGUGUACUCUUUGUAAUUCAUUAUCUCUCUCUCUCUCUCUCUCUCUCUCUCUCUCUCUCUCUCUCUCUCUCUCUC